AACAUGGCGCUGCAGAAGAAAACGUGUUAGCUACAAACAUAAACUAUUUUGCUGCUGUUGUACUUAGUCGAUUUAUUAUAUUUGUACGAGAAUCGAAACAUACGCUUUGGAUAAAUGUCUGUGAAUAGUCGGCAUAUGUUUUGUUACAUAUUAACAUCUUAACGCUGCGCGAAUCAUCUUGUAAAGAGGAGAAAACGGCUAACGUUAGCCAGUUCAUCUGUUGGAGAAUCAACCACUAACUAACUAAUCCUCAAGAUAAUCCAGUCUGUUGUGACGACGAACCGGGACCACUGUGCUAUAUGUCGAUCGGAAGGGCUUGAAAUAUAUAUUUCCGUGUCGCUGAAAGGAAGUAAAAGCGUGGGUAUGAAUUACAGAAAGCUUUAUUAUUGGAGCAUCUUCAAACAGUAAAAAUAUAAAGAACUGGCUACCAGUCAUAAUUCAAUAGGAACUGUGGACAGAUUAUUCAAACGAGAUGGAGUUAAAUUUAAACCAUGUGGAUUAUCUCCAGGUCGGAGUGACAUCUCAAAAAACCAUGAAACUCCUCCCUUCUGUGGGCCGGAAAGCAACUCAAAAGGUGGCUGUUGCGGAUCACGAUGGUGUCGUGACCUGUUUUGGGAUGAAAAAAGGGGAGGCUGUGCCUGUGUUCAAAUCGCUCCCAGGACAGAAGAUCUCCAGACUUGAGCUUGGAGGGGCUUUUGGGACCCCACAGGAAAAGAUCUUUGUGUGCUCUGGCUCUGAAGUGAGGGGAUACACUAAAAAGGGCAAACAGUUCCUUACUUUUGAGGCCAACUUAACAGAGAGCAUUAAUGCCAUGCAUGUUUCAGGGGCAGAUUUGUUUGUGUGUGCCAGUUAUAUUUAUAACCAUUACUGUGACUGCAAGGAUCAGGACUAUUACCUGUCAGGAGACAAGAUCAAUGAUGUCCUGUGUUUACCUGUGGAGACAGUGGGCCGCACUGUGCCCAUCCUGGCCUGCCAGGACAGGGUACUUAGAGUACUACAGGGAUCUGAUCAUCUGUAUGAUGUAGAAGUUCAUGGACCUCCAACUGUUCUUGAACUUCACAACAGAGAUGGAGGAAAGGGUGGUGAGGAGGUUCUGUAUGGAACAGCUGAUGGGAAACUCGGUCUUGUGCGAAUAACUAAAUCUGGACCAGUCACAAGUUGGGAACUGGAUAAUGAGAAGAAAAAAGGAGGAGUGCUUUGCAUUGAUACCUUUGACAUUGUUGGUGAUGGUGUGAAGGACAUCCUGGUGGGAAGGGAUGAUGGGACUGUGGAGGUCUAUGGGUUGGACAGCUCAAAUGAACCAACACUGCGCUUUGAGAAUGUUUUGUCUGAGAGUGUCACAUCGAUUCAGGGUGGCUGCAUCGGAAAAGAGAUGUACGAUGAAGUUCUUACAACAACAUACACAGGAUGGGUGUCAGGUCUCACCACAGAGCCUCAACAGAUGGUAGCAGGCCCAGGGGUUGAGAUCAAGAUGAGCCGGGAGACUCAGGGAAAGGUGGCUGCACUCAGGGCUGAAUUGGAGCAGUUGCAGGUGAAGGUUUUGCAGGGUAGAGAAAAAUACCAGCAGAGCUCUCAGUCAAGCACGGCUGUGUCUGCUGUACCAGUCUUUAGCAUCAAUGACAAGUUUACAUUGUGCCAGGAUGAUGCCAGCUACAGCCUCACACUAGAAGUGCAGACUGCCAUUGACAACCUACUGCUACAGAGUGAUGUUCCCAUUGACCUGCUGGAUGUUGAUAAGAAUUCAGCAGUUGUUAGUUUCAGUGAAUGUGACUCAGAGUCUAACGGGAAUUUCCUCCUCGCCACCUACAGAUGCCAAGCAAAUACCACAAGGCUGGAAUUGAAGGUGAGGUCAAUAGAAGGUCAGUAUGGAACCCUUCAGGCUUAUGUGACACCAAGGCUUCAGCCCAAAACCUGCCAAGUUCGACAGUACCAGAUCAAACCGCUCUCCCUCCACCAGAGAAUACACACGAUUGACCAGGAGCGGCCUAUGAACACCUUGAAGCUAAUGGGACAGUUCAGUUUUGCAGAGAUCCAUUCCUGGGUUGUGUUCUGUCUUCCUGAGGUCCCAGAGAAAACCCCAGCAGGAGAAAGCAUCACCUUUUAUUUUCAAAACACUUUCUUGGGCACCCAGCUAGAAGCCACCUAUUGUAAAGGUGAGGCAAACUUCUAUUCAGACAACAUUUCUACCAUAUCCAUAUUGAAGGAUGUCUUGUCCAAAGAGGCCACUAAAAGAAAAAUCAAUCUGAAUAUAUCCUACGAUGUGAAUGAAGACUCGGUGAGCCAUACACUUCGGAUGAUUCAUCCCAAGCUGGAGUAUCAGCUGAUUCUGGCCAAAAAGGUUCAGCUUAUCGAUGCUUUAAAGGAGCUGCAGGUUCAUGAAGGGAAUGCAGAUUUUCUGAUCCCAGAGUAUCGCAGUAUAAUGGAUGAGUCUGCUCAGCUCUUAGAAGAAUAUAAGAAACAGCCUGCUCACUUAGAAAGACUGUAUGGUAUGAUCACUGAUCUUUUCAUUGACAAGUUCAAAUUUAAAGGACAAAAUGUAAAAACAAAAGUUUCACAGCUGCUUGCAAUUUUGAACAACUACGAACUUGAUUCCUUGAUGGAAUUUUUUAGUGAAGCUUAAAGGGAUAGUUAACCCAAAAAUGAAAAUUCUCUGAUAAUUUACUCAACCUCAUGCCAUCUCCAAUGUGUUUGACUUUCUUUCUUCUGAUGAACGCAAAUGAAGAUUUUAGGAAGAAUAUUUCAGCUCUGUAGCUCCAUACAAUUCAAGUGAAUGAUGACCAAAACGUUGAAGCUCCAAAAAUCAUAUAAAGGCAGCACAAAAGUAAUCCAUAUGACUCCAGUGGUUAAAUCCAUGUCUUCUGAAGCGAGUUAAUACAUUUUAUUUGAACAGACCAGAAUACUUCCUAGCACCAUCUAGCGUUUUGCACAUGCAUCAAGCAAGGAAGUGUAAUUGAGCUUGAAAUCAUGAUCGUCAAGGAGAUAUGGAUUAAACCACUGGAGUCAUGUGGAUUACUUUAAUGCUGCCUUUAUGAUUUUGUGUGUGUGUGUUUGUGUGUGGAGCUUUAAAGUUUUGGCCACAAUUCACUUGCAUUGUAUGGACCUACAGAUUGUGUUCAACAGAUGAUAGUUGUCAUACACAUCUGGAAUGGCAAGAGUGUGAGUAAAUGAAGAGAGAAUAAAUGUUUGGGUGGCCUUUUCCUUUAAUAAACUAUACACUUUAAUUCAGUUAGCCAAUUGUAAGGAAUGUGUUUUGUGAAUUUUGUUUUAGCAGUUUAAAUAUAGGGAUUAAGUAGAUGAGAAUCUACCAUUACAGAUUAAAAUGAAAAUGUAAUAUAUAAUGACCAUUAAAAGCUGUGUGACUCCAGAUGUUUAUAUAUUUUUAGAACACUCAUGCAUUGUAUAGUUGCAUUUCUACAAGAAUAAAAAAUUCA